AUGUCUGUGGUGGGGAUCGACUUCGGAACCCAAUCGUGUUAUAUUGCUGUGGCCAGGACGGGUGGCAUCGAGACUAUUGACAAUGAAUAUAGCGAUCGUUGCACCCCGAAUUAUGUUUCCUUCGGAGAUAAGGUCCGAUCUUUGGGACACUCGGCUAAGAACCAGUGUAUCACGAAUUUUCGAAACACCAUUUUCUCCUAUAAGGAUCUGCUUGGCAAACUGCAUUCCGACGACAGCGUUAAGUGUUUGAAACGCCGUGUACCCUACACAGUAGUAGCUGGUGAGAAUGAUCAGCCCCUGGUCGAAGUGAAAUACCGGCAGGAGACCUACCCGUUCACCCCGGUGCAGAUCGCGGCCAUGAUGUUAGGAAAACUGAAGGAGACUGCCGAAGCUGCUCUCAAAACCAAAGUAACCGAUUGUGUCGUGUCUGUUCCGUCUUUGUAUACUGAUGUUCAGAGACGGGCUAUGUUGGAUGCCUGUCAAAUGGCUAACUUGAACUGUCUUCGUUUGAUGAAUGACACAACAGCUGCAGCACUUGCCUAUGGAAUUUACAAACAGGAUCUACCCGAAGAGAAUGAAAAUCGCAGGGUGGUUAUUUUUGUCGAUAUGGGUUAUGCUCACUUACAAAUUUCCGCGUGUGCUUUUAAUAAAGGCAAACUGAAAAUGUUGGGAGUGUCUACAGCCGAGAUUGGAGGCCGCGAUUUUGAUGAAGUCAUCCUGAACUAUUUUGUUGAGGACUUCAUGCAUCGCUAUAAGAUAGAUGCUCGCUCAAACAAAAAGGCAAUGAUUCGCUUGAUCCAAGAGUGUGAAAAACUAAAAAAGCAGUUGAGUGUCAACACUCAGCCAUCACCCUUCAAUUUGGAGUGCUUCAUGGACGACAAGGAUGUUUCUGGAAAGCUUGAUCGUGCAAAAUUCGAAGAGAUGUGUGAGCCAUUCCUGAAGAAGGCUGAAGAAACAAUGAAGGACAUUUUGGUCAGUUGCAACCUUCAACCCUCUGACUUGCAUUCUGUAGAGAUUAUUGGUGGUGCCUCACGUAUUCAUUCCAUCAAACAGUUGGUAAAAACCAUCUAUGAAACGGAACCAAAGACCACAAUGAAUGCUGAUGAGGUGGUUGCCCGGGGCAGUGCUUUGCAAUGUGCCAUCUUAUCACCAACUUUCCGUGUCAGGGACUUCAGUAUUAUUGAUUGCCAGCCAUACAGCAUCACUGCAUCUUGGGAUGCAGAUGAUGAUGAAAAUUCUAAAUUGGAAGUUUUCCCAAAAUUUCAUGUUGUCCCAUUUGCCAAAAUGCUUACUUUCUACCGCAAAGAACCAUUCCAACUGAGAGCAAGUUACUCUCCUUCGGAGCAGGUCCUUGAAGCCCACAGACAUAUUGGCUCUUUCAAUAUUGAUAAAGUAGUACCACAAGCCAGUGGCGAAAAGUCUAAGCUUAAAAUCAAGUUAAGAGUUAAUAUACAUGGCAUUUUGUCAGUUGUCUCUGCAACCAUGGUUGAGAAAGUGGAAGGUAGUGAAGAAACAGAAGAGAUGGAUGUUGAGAAUGCUGAAGAGAUUGUUAAUAAUGAAAAGAAUACUAAUGAAACCAAUCCAGCAGAAAAGAAUGAAGAAGAUGUCCAAAUGAAUUGUAGUACAGAAAAAGAAGCUCCAAAAGAAAAUGGUGAUGUUAAACAAGACUCUCCUAAUGAAGAAAAGAAGGUAGAAACUCAAACAAAUGUUAAGAAAAGCAAAAAGGUAAAAAUGGUGGACCUACCAAUUGAACCUGUUGUUCCACAAUUAUCAAAAGAGGAACUAAAUUUCUAUAUUGAGAGAGAAAAUCAAAUGAAAUUUCAGGAUAAACUUGAAAAUGACCGUGCAGAUGCCAAAAAUGCUGUUGAAGAAUAUGUAUAUGAAAUCCGUGAAAAGAUUUAUGGCCCUCUAGAAAAAUUUAUAAAGGAGGAAGAUCGUUCUGUGCUGAGCAAAAUGUUAGAUGAUACAGAAAAUUGGCUCUAUGAGGAAGGUGAAGAUGAAAAGAAAGAAGUAUACAUUGACAAACUUGCUGAAUUAAAAAAGAUGGGGCAACCAGUCAUAAACAGAUACAGGGAAGCUGAAGAACGACCCCAAGCUUUCAGUGAACUUGGCAGCACUUUGCAAAGUGUGCACAAAGCUCUUGAAUUGUAUGCUAACAAGGAUGAAAAAUAUGAUCACCUUCUACAAUCUGACAUUGAAAUUGUUGAGAAGGAUUGGAAAGAGAAACUUGAGUGGUUUGAAUUACAUCAGAACUUACAGAACCAAAUGAGCCCAGAUGUGGACCCUGUAGUCACAGUAAUACAGAUUCGCACACAAAAACAAUCUCUUGAAAAUACCUGUUAUCCCAUUUUGAACAAGCCGAAACCCAAGGUAGAGGCUCCAGCACCUGCUGCUGAGCCUUCUACUGCUAAUCCGGACCCUACUCCUGACUCUGCUGCUUCAACGGCAACAGAAGACAAUAUGGAGAACCAGGAAGUUAAACCCGAAACCACUCAGUCUGCUGAUAGUUCUAAAACAGAAGAGAAAAUGGAUGUUGAUUAG